AUGAAACUUUUCUCUGUCGUUUUCGCUACCGUCGGCCUGGCCCUGACAGUGGCUGCUGAACCAAUAAACAUUAAUUACCAUGAAGACUUUGGUAUUCCUGCGGCCACUCGCAUCAAGUACGCUGAACAGGCCCGGGACUUCGAUGGCAGCAGGGUAUUAGGCGGACAGAUAUCUAACCUUGGCCAAAACCCUCACUUUGGUGGUCUUAUUAUCCUGCUGGACGACUUCAGGCAGUCCGUGUGCGGUUCAUCUCUUCUCAGUAACACUAGACUCGUGACGGCCGCUCACUGUUGGAGAACCGCUAUAUCUCAAGCAAUCGAGCUCACGGUUGUUCUCGCCUCAGUCAAUUUGUUCUCUGGAGGCGUUCGCAUCGUGACCAGCGACGUUGAGCUCCACGCCGCCUACAACUCUGUAAACUUGAAUAACGACAUUGCCAUCAUUCGCAUCAGUCAUGUGCCGUAUUCUCACGUCGUCCAGAGGAUAUUACUGCCGACUGGUGACAGCGACUACGCCGGUACUUGGGGCACCACUGUUGGUAUUGGAAGCAGCUCAAACGCCGACAUAGGUGUACAACAACACGCUCAACUGCAAGUAAUUAGGAACGAAGAAUGCGCUGCGUUAUACGGCCCAAGUGUUGUUACGAGCAGCAAGCUCUGCACAGCGACCACUGGGGGCAGGGGCAUCUGUGGUGGCGACGUCGGUGGUCCCCUGUCUAUUGGUGACGUGCCAUCAGCACAGCUGAUUGGUAUAGUCUCGUUCUACUCCCAGUCCGGCUGCGACAGCGCGCUGCCGGCCGGGUUCACUCGGGUCACCUCCUAUCUGUCAUGGAUUCAAGCCCGUCUUUAA